CCACAAUUAACAAUCACCCAACAAGUUGCCUGUGCCAGCAACCCAGAUCAUGAAACAACCCAACCAACCCAGGGUCCUACCCCGUUGGUGGUACUUGAUCUUCUUCGUCGGGGCAAUUGCGUUGUUCGUCGCUGGUGGCGCGCUUUUGGGGUCAUGGUACUCCCAUGCCUCGGGCUGUGCCAAUAGCUACCUGGCCAACAUAGACGAGAGUUGGAACGAUUAUACAGAUUGCGCCUCGAAGAAAAACGCAACCUACUACGCCGCCCUUGUUUGUCUUGUGGUCGCCAUUGUUUUCAAAUUCAUCGCUUGGACCCUUCUCAUCAUACACUGCCUUCAACGCCGCCGAUACAACCAGUAUCAGUUUGCUGCCACCUACCAGACCGUUCCUCCUAUGGAUCUCAACCAACAGCCAUACGGCGCGUACUAUGCUCCCCCGCCUGGAAAUCAAUACUCGACCCAGUAUUCGCCGCAUUAUCCUCCUCAGACUCCUGCUUAUGCGCCUGCUCCCAUGUAUCCCGACACGGCAUACAACGGUCAAAAGGAUGCCAAUCCUCCACCAUCCCAACCCCCUCACGCGACGGCACAUUAUGCCUAAUAAACGUCGAAUUAAACCAUUGCUGCUUGUGUUUCCGUUGGUGCGACGGCUGUGCGCGACAGACAAUCUAGAGCUGCUACUAGAAGCAACAGAACGCACGAAGCACCGAGGAGAUAAGAUUUCUUGUUCUCAUACUUCGUGAUAUUGAACGCUUCCAGAUACUUGCUUCAUAGCGGGCUGAUUCGCCAUCGGCCAUUGUCCGACUUGCAAUCUCGUUUCGAUUUGUGCGGUUUUGUUCUGUAUGCGUUGGACGCAUGAUACUCGUUCAGUGCAGGCUGGCAUUGAAUGAAAGCAUAAUCUUAUUGAUUCCUUAAAAUUAGCAAAUCAUCUGGUGUCGCUGUGAUUCUGUCACAUUAAUCUCUACCCACCCACCAAUUGAAAUGAACUGUUCUAUCAAUUCUUAGCUUUUAGUAUAUGCAUGCGAAUACGAACUAUA